AUGGCAACUUCUCGAAAGCUGAUGGAAAACGUCGAAAGAAAUUUGCAGAAACAAAAGAUGUACGAUAGCCUUUUUGAAGAUCCAAAAUUUGUUAGACGUCUCAAAAAAUUAUCCCAUAGCGAUAAAAUAAAAAUGAGCUUUGAUUUCUAUGCCAAUCAACAAUACAACGCAAAUUUCUUUAAAGUAAUGCACGAUCAAUCCAAUCUCCAAAGCACUGCAAAGAUUUGCACAUGUGAUUGCAAUUUCUUGACGCAUGGAAAGUCUUCUCACCACGUCCCCAACUGCAGGACCGGCAACAAGGUCACACGAAGCAGCAGCAAUCCUACAAAGAAAAGUAAACCGGAAUGCGCUAAGAAGUUUUUUGCUUACAACUACAAUUUUUUUCUCAAGUCAAUGAUGAACGAUCAAGUAUCUAACGAUGGAAGCAAUGUUAACAAUCUUGAAGAGCCUAAUGAGCUUCGUGUUGAAGGAAAGAGCAUGUUGCUUCACUACAGAAAGCCCAAAUACAAUUCGAUGGAGUAUAUGCUAGCUCAUUUCAAUUUGCUGGACAAGGCGAAAGUUAACAUUGGAAAAUACAAGCCACUAACGUUACGUGACAUCCUCCCAAGCAUGCACACGUAUCAACGCUCUCUAGAAAGAAAAUAUGAAGGUUAA